AUGUCCGAUUCUUCUACUAACAACAGUACUAAUGAUCAUCAAAUAGACGCAAUUGAUGAGGCCGUGAUCGAAACAGUGGAAUAUCUACUCGAGAACAUCGAGCUAGACCCUGCUUUAGUUCAAAGCAGUUCAAAGGGUAACGCUGACCCAGACUUAUCCACUGUUCUCCAGUCGGCAUGCGUUCCUCCACAACCGGACGAAAUCGCCAAGGAAGCUAAACCAGAAGCCAAGACCGUGUCUAGUCAGUAUCAGCACGAUGACGAUCGCGACAUAUUCAAGUUGAAAACUGUCCAAUUCAACUCAAUUAAAACGUCCAUCGUUACUCAAAAUCUUAACGGUCCAUGUCCAUUAAUAGCACUCGUAAAUGUGCUUGCUUUGAAAGGACUAACGAAACUUCCAGCAAAUGGACACGUAACGAGGGACGCACUUACCCACUUGGUUGCAGAUGCUCUUCUCCAGAUGCGGCCUGAAAACAUGACCACUCACGUAGAGAGUAACUAUGAUAGAAACUUGGAUGAUGUAAUAAACCUCCUUCCGGAUUUAGGACGCGGAUUAGAUGUGAAUGUCAGAUUUCGUCACGUCACUGACUUUGAGUUUACUCCCGCACUAUCUUUAUUUGAUCUACUGCGUGUCAAUUUAUAUCAUGGAUGGCUCCCUGAUCCCCAGUUUGUAGAAAUAAGAAAGGCUGUUGGAGAUUUAACCUACAAUCAGCUUGUGGAACAAAUUUGUGACGAAUCAAACUACAAUCGAUUGUUACUGCAAGAGUUUUUGGAAGAAAAUGUCACGCAACUGACUUAUCAUGGAUUAAUUGGUCUCAUGGAGGCAAUGCAAGAUGGCGAACUAGCCGUGUUAUUUCGAAAUAACCACUUCCAUACGAUACAUAAAAGAAAGGAUCUACUUUACUUACUCGUGUCCGACAGUGGCUACGUUAACGAGCCAUCCAUUGUUUGGGAGUCCUUCAAUAAUGUUGACGGAAGUUCGAUUUUCUUCGCAAGUGACUUCACUGUUGGCUCUCCUCGCACCAGUAGUGCUACAAAUGAAUCCCAGGGAGUGUGCUCCACCGAUGUCGAUUUUUUGAUAGCCCAAGAGAUGCAAGCUUGCGAGGAAGAACUGGCUAGACAAGAAGCUGAAAAAGCUGCCGCUCAAAAAGCUGCAGCACAAGCUCAGCGUUAUCCUUCUCCUACAGAGGAAAGACGAGAUAUCUUGUCAAUUGAUCGUAUCUACUACUGUAACUCCAAUUUUUGGAAGGGGAGCCCGGGAUGGGUACACGAAUCGUUCGCUACUGUAAAAGAGGAUUUUGUUGUGUAUACUUUUUCUAAACACGCUCCAGUUAUGAGAGAGCCACACACAGAAAUAGCAGACCGGUUACUGCAAAUACAGGGUCCAAAGACAAAAAGUGCACAAUCUCGUGAACGCACACAUUGCCUAACGCAUUCACACUGCUGCACCCAAUAUCCGGUACUUAUGCCAAGAGAUACAUCAGGUCCAAGCCGAAAUAUUUGUCGAUAUUUUGCCAGUGGUUGUUGUACUCAGGGUGAUCAGUGCACUUACUCACAUGACAGGAAUAGUCGGCAGAUCUCGUCUGUAGAUAUUAUCAACGUGGCAGGGGUGAUUAUAGGCGAUUUUUUGUCAAAGGUCGCGUAUGUGUUGACGGAAUGUUUAAAGCAGCAUGAGCUAGCCAUGGAACAAGCAUUUGCUGAAGCAAAGAGUAUAGGAAAAUGCUGUGGGAUUUGUAUGGAAAACAUCAUGGAAAAGGAAGGUGUGUCUGCAGAAGGCUGUCCUUUUGGAAACAAGUGCUUCUACAAGCAUCAGCUCCCAGAUGGUUCCAUUGACCCUGGAGAAGAACCACAUGCAAGAAGGAAACCUUAUCUAGCUGAUUUUAUUUUCAACAGGACAAGAACGGAUUCAAAUGAGGACGAAGCACUGGACGAGAUCACAGCAGAUUUACUAGAUAACGAUUCAUAUUUGAGAAAUUUCUUCAUGAGGCUUCACCUUGAGCCACCUCUAGUCUUUUUGGGAUCUCUAACGACAAUGUACGAACGAAUACUAGAUGAGGGAGAAGUUGCAAGAGACAUUGUCGAUGCCAUUCGUGCUACCACCGAUGCGCCACUGUACGCGUGUAUUGACGCGGCCAGAAGCUGUAUGACUGUGAUGGCGCCAUUCAUACAAGACGAGUCUUUCUCACGAAUACAAAAAGCAGUCCGUGAAUAUAUUGUAUGUGCGAACGAUUGCUAUGAUUAUCGUCUCCUCUCUCAAAUAAAGGGACAGUUGGCUAUGAUAUUCAGUGAGAAAGACGAGCUCAGCUUCUCCAGUGAGCAGGAUGACAACAUUCUCAUCAAAUACCUUCGAGCGUUUUCCGACUGCGUGACGAAGACCGAUUCAGGAGUAGUCAUGGAGCUGAUCACAGCAGAUGAUUUCGAAUGGCUGAGUCAUCUCAUUAAUGUGUAUCAAAUGGAUCAGAACGAAAGUGUCCGCUUGGAAGGGCUGUGUUGUAUCUCAUCUUUGGUCGACGCUUGCCAUAGUCUUAUUCCCUUCCUCCUCAAUUCACGGCUUCCAGAAGUAUUGGCUUUGGAAUUUCAAACCGUUGAUUCUACGCUGACGGAUUUGCAUUUAAUCGCCCUAAAACUACUCACGAAGAUUUAUUCAACUGACAGACCGCCUCCCCUCAACCACUUCGGUAUGCGCGAGAUUGAGUUCUUCGAUUGGAAUUUCUUCAUGAAGAUUAUUGGACAUCUGAAGGAGCAUCCGUCCGAGAUACUUGACUACAUGGUUAACUUUAGCUAUCUUAUCCCAGAAGGCAUUGAUAACGCGGUGGUACUCGCACUGGAAUCUAACCCUUGUCCGCUUCUUGGACAGCUUUUGGUGAAAGUUGUAAACGAAGAAAUAAGCGAUCGCCGGCUCAAGUUCUUCAUAGACAUUGUUGAACAUGGUGCUUUGUACAAAGAAUUAUUUUAUGAAAACGAUCUCGACGUCUUGUCGCAUGUAGUUGCAAGAGAACUUGGGAACUCUGAAGUUGCACAAGUUCGUUCUCGUUGCAUGGAGUGUAUUGCCCGAUUGGCAGAAAUAGGUCACUGUGAUCGAAUGGUACGGGAAGCCGUCGAAAACUUCGAUCUCGACGAAGAGUUGCGUUCACAAACUUUGGCAGUCAUAAAUAGGAAUCACUCUUGA